CCACAUCGCGGGAUCCGGGGUCGCAGCUGAGUCACGUCCGCCCUAAACCCAGGGCGAGAGAGAGAGAGAGAGAGAGAGAGAGCUUUUUCUCAAUGGCCGCCCCCAACUGCUGGAGUAAGCUCAUCAACAGAACUUCUCUCUCCUCUCUGAAAUCCGCCAUUAAAUCCAAGAAGGUCCAAACUCCCCUUGACAGAUCUACUCCACAUCUCUCUCCAACCAGACCUACUCCUCUUCCAGCAGGCCGCUUCUCUUCCAUCUCCAGAUCUCCUGCGGAGCUAGCAUGCGCUCAGUCUCUCUUGCCGCUCCACAGCGCCGUCGCCACCGCCAGGCUGACUUCAUGCCUCACCUCGAGCUCCCGCAGCUGCCGGGCUCUCUCUCAAGGGCAUUGGAACUACACACCACCAGAUUUUCCAUCAUGGAACACGUGCACGAGGUCCAAGCUGUCCAUCAGAUGGAACCGAUGGUACGUGAAUGUUUUUGCUUCAUCCGUUUGAAGGCAGGCUCUUGCCAUGUUCCUAGUGACUCAAUUCUAUUACAGAUUUUGAGUUGUAGUUUUAGUUGAUCCUGAUCUCUUGGCUACCUGUCAUACUUUUAUCAGUGUUAUGGGGAUUUCUUGUUUUACCAUUUAUACAAGCUUCACAAACCUACUGGUUGUAUGAUGGGUUAAUGCGUCAUUGUGUUUAAAUUCCAUCCUUGCUUCUCUCAUUAUUCAAUGCAUGCAGUGACUUGAGACCAUACAAUUGAUUUCUCCUGAAAAGAGAGCGAACUUUUAUGUCGGUCUUUUUGCUGUGUAAGAAAAGAGUAUUCGGUUGUAUUCAUCUUACCGUUUCUGAUUGAA